AGAACCACAAAACCAAGACCCAAGAAUCUCUCCCUCUCUCUCCAAGUCUUUCCCACCUUGAGAGUAAGCUAGUUGAGACAAAGAGAGACUUGUUUAUAUGUUGGUAAUGGUGAGGCAGUUGUAGUUAGCUAGCUUAGUGAGAUAUCAAAUACAAAUACAAACACCAGGUACUUGUCCUGCUGGCCUCUUCUAUCUUGAUUUGAAUGGUUUCUUCCGUUUUGUAAGGACAUGAAAGGAGCUUAUUCAGUUGUUCUUGUUGGUUCUGCUCUGUGGACAAAAGAGAGGAAUAUUGAAGCAGAGCCAUCUUCUUCAUCAUCUUCUUGUGCAAUUCAGCACACAACAGGACAAGACCAAUGCUUACAAGCACAUAGUGUUGAGACAUUACAACCAACUACUCCACUCAUCAAACAUUCCUCUAAACUGGUUACUCAUACUUGCCACACCACCCCUUUCUCAUUCACAUCCAUGCUUCUUGUUCUCUUUCUUCUUGUUGCUUUUGCUCCUGGACUACUCUCAUCCCUCCCCAUUGCCUCGGAAUCCGGGCACCGUCCACCGGCCAAUCAGACAUUCCGGCCCGGUGGGGAAGAGGUGCAGAACUUGAAGAGGGUCAACUCUUAUUUAAGCAAGAUCAACAAGCCUGCAGUCAAGACUAUUCAGAGUCCUGAUGGUGAUGUGAUAGACUGUGUUUUAAGCCAUCUCCAACCAGCUUUUGACCAUCCUGAGCUUAAAGGCCAGAAACCAUUGGAUCUACCAGAGAAGCCUAAAUCCCAUAACAGCACAGAUACAGUGGAAGAGACUUAUCAGCUGUGGUCGGAAUCCGGUGAGGCAUGCCCGGAGGGAACUGUUCCGAUUCGGAGGACCACAGAGAAAGACAUAUUGAGAGCAAGUUCGGUCCAAAGAUUUGGAAGAAAAUUACCAAGAAGACAUGUGAGGAGGGACUCAUCAGGCAAUGGUCAUGAGCAUGCAGUUGUUUUUGUAAAUGGAGACCAGUACUAUGGAGCAAAGGCCAGUAUCAAUGUGUGGGCACCAAGAGUGACUGAUCAAUAUGAAUUUAGCUUGUCACAGAUUUGGGUGAUAUCUGGUACAUUUGGUCAUGACUUAAAUACCAUUGAAGCUGGUUGGCAGGUCAGCCCAGAGCUAUAUGGAGACAACUACCCAAGAUUCUUUACAUAUUGGACAUCAGAUGCAUAUCAAGCUACUGGAUGUUACAACUUGCUCUGCUCUGGCUUUGUCCAAACCAAUAAUAAGAUUGCUAUAGGAGCUGCAAUAUCUCCAAGGUCUUCCUCCAAUGGCAGACAAUUUGAUAUUGGCUUAAUGGUUUGGAAGGAUCCAAAGCAUGGACAUUGGUGGCUACAAUUUGGUAAUGGCCUACUAGUUGGGUACUGGCCAGACUUCUUGUUUAGUCACUUGAGAAGUCAUGCAAGCAUGGUACAAUUUGGGGGUGAAAUUGUAAAUAGUAGAUCAAGGGGGUAUCACACAUCUACACAAAUGGGCAGUGGCCAAUUUGCAGAAGCAGGUUUUGGAAAAGCAUCUUAUUUCAGAAAUCUGCAAGUGGUGGAUUGGGAUAAUAAUCUUCUUCCUCUUAAUAACCUUCACCUCACUGCGGAUCAUCCCAAUUGUUAUGAUAUAAGACAAGGAAGAAAUAAUGCAUGGGGGACAUACUUUUACUAUGGAGGUCCUGGAAGAAAUGUUAGGUGUCCAUGAAUAUAAACACCACCACAGUAUAGAAAGCAGCCUAGCUAUCUUGAUUUUUACUUAUUUUCUUUUUUGAUUUUCAGGUAUUGAAUUAUUAAUUUUUUCCUUUCUAGGCCAUAAGAGGGUUUUGUUACUUUUCACAGUUUUGCUUAUCAGAAAGUAUGUUUCAUCUGUUAAAAUCAUGUAAAUUUGGGAACAAAAUAAGUGUUAAUAGUAUUGCAUUGUCUUUUUC